AUGGCGAAAAAAGGUGAUGACUUCUUCUCCAACCCGUUUCCCUUCUCUUGCCAGUGUGCCGCUUGGACUGACGUGGAAGCGCCCAUUGUAGCCAAGGCUCGUUUGAUGAACGUCCGUCUCAUAUCCAUGGCCAUGACCGGCUUCUUCUACACUUUCAAGCGCCCACGAACUUCGCCGAUGAUGGGAAUGCUCAAGUACGAUCCGAUUGUCCGCAAAAAGGUCCUGUUCCUCGAGACGAAAAAGAGAUCCAAGUGA